UUUGAUCUCUUUAAUUCAAAAAUUGUUAAUUAAAAAAAGCAUUGGAAUAAUCAGUUCAACAAAGCAAACCAUAUUCCGAAACAACAACCUACGCCAACAUCAUCAACCAUGUUUGCCAAGAGAUUGUUACACAAAGCUGUGCAUCACCAUUCUAACCACAAGUUGCAGAAUAGUAGUUUGCAGUUAAGUGAAUUAGAUCCCAGAAUUGUGAUUCACUAUGGCAUUCCAUCUACUGCUUCAGUUCUCGCCUUUGACCCUAUUCAGCGACUUUUGGCUAUUGGGACUUUGGAUGGAAGGCUUAAGGUGAUUGGUGGUGAUAAUAUUGAAGGACUUUUGAUUUCUUCUAAGCAAUUGCCUUACAAAUACUUGGAGUUUCUACAAAACCAGGGGCAUCUAGUUGGGGUUUUAAAUGAUAAUGAUAUCCAGGUUUGGAAUCUCGAGAAUCGGAGUCUUAUUUGUUCAUUGCAAUGGGAAUCCAAUAUUACCGCUUUCUCUGUAAUCAGUGGCUCACAUUUCAUUUAUGUUGGGGAUGAGCAUGGCUUGUUUUCUGUGAUAAAGUUUGAUGUCGAGGAAGGACAACUUUUGAAGUCAACAAAUAACUUAUCGGCACAAUUUCUAAGGGAAGCUGCCGGGUUUCCAGAGUCUAGCGAUCAACCAAUUGUUGGAAUUCUUUCGCAGCCUUAUUCUUCUGGGAACAGAUUGUUGAUUGCAUUUCAGGAUGGACUGCUAAUUCUAUGGGAUGUUUCUGAAGCUAAAAUUGUGUUCCUUGGUGGUGGAAAGGAUCUUCAGUUAAAGGACGAGGGUGGUAACUCAACUGAAACAAACACUGAUCUUCCAGAUGAUGUUUUAGAACAAAAUCUCGGUGACAAAGAGAUAAGUGCUCUUUGUUGGGCAUCUUCUGAUGGAUCCAUUCUUGCUGUCGGAUACUUAGAUGGUGAUAUCCUUUUCUGGAACUGUUCGACUUCAGCACCUUCUAAAGGUCAACAAACUUCUUCGUCUAAAAAUGUUGUUAAGCUACAACUGUCCAAUGCAGAAAGAAGAAUCCCAGUCAUUGUCUUGCAAUGGUCCAAUAAUCAUAAAUCUCAUAAUGAUUGUAUCGGUCAGUUGUUCGUCUAUGGUGGUGAUGAAAUUGGAUCGGAAGAAGUUUUGACUGUUUUAACUCUUGAAUGGUCAUCUGGGAUGGGGACAUUAAGUUGCAUUGGUCGUGCAGACCUUAUACUUAACGGCACUUUCUCAGACUUGAUUUUACUACCAAGUCCUGGAGCAAGGGGUUUAAAUAGCAAAGAUGAUCUUUUUGUACUGACAAAUCCCGGACAACUACACUUUUAUGACAAUGAUAGCUUGUCUGCAUUAAUGUCUCAGCAGAAUAGGACAUCGUCUGUAUCUUCACAGGAGUUUCCAAUGCUAGUACCGAUGGCUGAUCCAUCUUUGACUGUUGCAAAACUUAUCAAGUUGCCUACUCAGCCAAACUCGUCAAAAGCUCUAGCUGAAGUAGCCCCGGCUCUGAGAACUUGCUCAACACCUGGUUCAGCUAGUAGUGCAAAUUGGCCCUUAACUGGAGGUGUUCCAAGCCACUUGUCCAUAGUUAAAGAAGGUGGCAUUGAGAGAGUUUAUAUUGUGGGAUAUUCUAAUGGAUCUGUCCUUUUGUGUGAUGCCACACAUCCAAUCUUGUCUUAUAUUUGCUACAUAGAUGGAGAGGUUCAUGGUGUAAAAGUGGUUGGAUCAAAUGCUCCAGUGACAAAAUUGGACUUUUGUUCUGUUUCCUUACUCUUGGCUGUGGGCAAUGAAUGUGGUCUUGUCCGCAUUUAUGACCUUAAAGAUGGCUCUAAUGGGAAAAAAUUCCAGUUGGUCACAGAAUCAAAAAGUGAAGUCCAUGACUCUCCACAAGGAAAAGGACCUCAUUGUAGUGCUGUUUUUUCUCUUGUUGGUUCUCCAGUACAAGCAUUAUCUUUUGCAAAUUCUGGAACCAAACUCGCUAUUGGAUUUUUAAGUGGCCAUGUUGCAGUCUGCGAUACAAAAUCAUUGUCGGUUUUGUUCUUGAUUGACGGUGUACCUAGCUCUACCUCACCAAUUACUUCAUUGGUUUGGAAACAAGAAGCAUGUUUGCAAAAUGCUUUAAAUAGUCCAAAGCAACCAGAGACACCUUCAGGCAACUCUCUUGAAGAGAUACUAUUUAUCCUAUCUAGGGAUGGAAAAAUGAAUGUAGUUGAGGGUGAUACCGGUAAAAUGGUCUCUAGCCGGCCAUUACAUGUGAAGGAGUCAACUGCAAUCUCAAUGUAUGUUAUAGAUGAUAGCAUCUCAACCUUCGAAACGUCAAACGACAAGCAGCAGGAGGAAUCGUUGAAGAAUACUGCUGGUGCUCACGCCGAAGAGCCUGUGAAAGAAAGUAGCUCAACUGUGGUAAAUUCAUCAGAGGCUGAAGUUUCCUCUUCAGAAACCACACACUCUGGAGAAGUCCUUUUGGAUCCACUUGUCCUGCUUUGCUGUGAAAAUUCAUUGCGCUUGUUGUCCGCAAAAGCAUUGAUACAGGGAAUUGAGAAACCGAUUCGAAAAGUGAAACAUUCGAAAUCUAUCUGUUGGACUACAAUUUUGAAGAAAGAUGACAAAUUUUGCGGGCUUCUGUCAUUGCUUCAGACCGGAACAUUUGAAAUAAGAUCUUUACCGGAUUUGGAACUGAUAACAGAAAGCUCGUUAUUGUCGAUUUUAAGGUGGAAUUAUAAAGUGAACAUGGAUAAAACUAUGUGUUCUGAUGACAAUGGACAGAUUGUGCUGGCUAAUGGUUCUGAAUUGGCAUUCAUAUCAUUACUAGCCGGCGAAAAUGAAUUCAGGAGUCUGGACCAUUUACCUUGUCUUCACGAUGAAGUUCUUGCAGCUGCUGCUGACGCUGCAUUUACAUUCUCAACUUCAAAUCAGAAGAAGAAACAGACAACUGUACCGGCCAUUCUAGGGGGUAUUGUCAAAGGAUUGAAAGGAGGAAAAGCCUCUCAAGUAGAUUUAACUAAAAUUCCAACCUCCAAUUUUGGUCAUUUGGAAAACAUUUUUUUCAAGCCCUCUUUGCCAGAUUCACUUCCAACAGUAGCGGUGGUGGCUGAUGAAAAAGUAGUGGAGCUUGAUAUAGAUGACAUUCACAUUGAUGAGCCUGUAACGAUGCCUUCUACUUCAUCUCCUGAUGUUAAAAACAAACAGAAAGGUAAAUUACUUUCAAAAUUUUGUUUCAUAUUUUAUCUACAAAGAUUAGUGACAGUUAUUUUCCUUUUACUUGCAGAUAAGUUACGAAGUGAUAGGGAUAAAUUAUUUCAAGGUGGGACUAAUAAUGAUGAUGUAACACCAAGGGUCAGAACAGCUGAAGAAAUUAUAGCUGCUUAUCGAAAAACCGGGGAUGCUGCUUCGGUUGCCGCUCAAACGAGAAACAAACUUAUGGAGAGGCAGGAAAAAUUGGAGAGAAUAAGCCAGCGCACUGCAGAACUGCAAAAUGGAGCUGAAAAUUUUGCAUCAUUAGCAAAUGAGCUCGUCAAGACCAUGGAAAGGAGGAAAUGGUGGCAAAUAUAGACACAAACAAGUGAAAAAAAAAUAUUAAUGAAUUGUGUAUUUAUUGUCUUGUAUAUUUUGUUAUGUUAUAUAUUUGUGGCUGUUGGUUUUGUUUUUGUUUCAUUUUUGCAUAGAUUUACAAAUGGAAAUUAUUGCAAAAUCACAUUUCAUACAUUUUUUGUUUAAUCUCCAUUAGGGGGUGAUAAUAGACAAGAUUAUACUUUACAAGACGUGAUUAUAACAUAUUUUGAAAA